CACCAUCUCAUCCGGUAGUGUGUCAUCCUUUAUGUGCAGCCGUGGACAAAGUGUCAUCAGGGGUAGAGCCUCAACGUCUCCGAUAGCACCACAUGGAGGUAAUCCAACUCUGUCGGCUCGUCCAAUGUACUUCCCAUCCAGAUUUUCAUGCCUCCUAAUUGAAUCGAUCUCAUCCAAAAUCUUUUCUUCGACAUUUGGCCAGGUCAAGAAUAACCAAAAGAACCAGAGAUCGGCACAUGUUUAGUAGAGGAAGUUGUUUGAAACCUUGUUUGAAACCAGACCCAAAGUUCAACACACUCUCUAAGACCUGUUCAACUUACAUGCACGUAAUGUAGGGCCCAAUAAUAGCUAAAGUUAAUGUUGGCUUGCAGCAAGAGGUCCCACAUAGCAUCAAUGUUGCUGCAUGUGGUACAUUAUGCAUGCAUAAUAAAAUAGAUCGGCACAUUAAUAUUCCAAUUACAUCAGUUGGGUUCCUCUGUCUUUUUUUUUGCUAAUUAUCACUAAUUAAUGCCACAUUCAAUUUUCUUUCUUUCUUUUUUCCUCCAUCCUCCUACUUUGUGCUCUCUCUCUCUUCCCCUCCCCACAUUUCUUGUUUGUAUGGACUUUCAUGCCUUAUUGAUCAGGGUGCUCCAGCUAUGAAGGUGAAUGUGUUCGCCUUGCAGGUGAACUAUGAUAGAGGAUGACUUCUUCAUAGGAUUAGCCUCCCCUGGCACCACCAAGAACACCAUGGGAUCUCUGGUGACAAGGGCCAAUGUGGAGAAGAUCUCGCAGCUCAACAUCCUGAGCUUCUCCAUGUCCUGCAUCAACUAUGCCCCCGAUGGGCUCAACCCUCCCCACACCCACCCCCGCACCACCAACAUGUUCUUCGUCCUCGACGGCAUCCUCAACAUCGGCUUCGUCACCAUCACCAAGGGUGAUGCCUUCAUGUUCCCUCAUGGCCUCGUCCACUUCCAAAAGAACCAUGGUGACGCCCCCGCUAUUGUCAUCAUUGCCUUCAAUAGCCAGCACCCACACUUGGAGAAAGCAAUCAAGGUGCCAGAGUUCCAAGAAUAUUUCAUGAGAAGGAAAGGGUGCUGAAGUAUGCCACGGUAGUAGCGGCGAUCAAGGCAAACACACGGUGCCUGGCGAAGGAGCAGGUGCGAAAGAUCAAGAGACUCGAGGAGCAUAGGUGCAAGUGGAUGCAUGGGAACGGGAUAUGGUAGGGCCAGCUAGGGCUGAAAAUGGUUCGAUCGAUUCAAUUUUAAAUGAUUUUUUAAAAUCGAAUCGAUAUUUCGAUUUAAGAGGUUCUUAAAAUCAAAUAUUUGACUAAAUAUAAUCAAUUUCUGCGGUUCAGUUUUGUAUCGAUUUGCUUUGUUCAUGUAGCUUUCUCAAGUAUUUGAACGGUUUGAACGAUUUUUCGGUUUAAGCGGAUUGAUCGAUUGGAUUUCUAUUUUUUGUUCCUUUAUUAUGAUUCA